CAACCUUCUAUAAAAAUGAUCAUACCAAUACGAUGUUUCACCUGUGGCAAGGUUAUAGGACACCUGUGGGAGCAAUGGCUGGAACUGCUGAAACAAAAUGUCAAUGAAGGAGAUGCCCUCGAUCGCCUUGAUCUCACCAGGUACUGCUGUCGUCGUAUGAUACUCACUCACGUGGACCUAAUAGAAAAGCUUUUGGUCUACAACAUCUACGACAAACGCAACCAAGAGCACAUAUAAAGCUUUAAAUACACACUUAUCGUAAUCA